CCUUGAUUUAUACUUUCAGUUCUUAAUGACAUUCCUUCUUUGAGCUAAAAAAGAGAAAAUCGGUUUUGGAAGCAAUGCCUUCCCAUUUGCAAUCCGAUGAGCUGGUCUUCUUUGUGAAUGGAAAAAAGGUCACAGAGAAGAAUGCAGAUCCUGAAGUCAACCUGCUGUCCUACCUGAGAAAGAACCUUCGUCUCACAGGAACCAAAUAUGCUUGUGGAGGAGGAGGCUGUGGGGCCUGCACAGUGAUGGUGUCAAAGUAUGACCUCCUUUCCAAGAAAAUAAGACACUAUGCAGCUACUGCUUGUCUGCUUCCCAUCUGCUCUCUGUAUGGGGCUGCGGUCACCACAGUGGAAGGUAUUGGAAGCACCAGAACCAGGAUCCAUCCUGUUCAGGAGAGGAUUGCCAAAGGCCAUGGUACUCAAUGUGGAUUCUGCACCCCAGGGAUGGUGAUGUCCUUAUAUACUCUCCUGAGGAACCACCCAGAGCCCUCUCCAGAGCAGCUGACUGAAGCCCUGGGAGGCAAUCUAUGCCGCUGCACUGGAUAUCGCUCAAUUCUAGAAAGCAGCAAAACUUUCUGUGCUGAGUCAAACUGCUGUCAAAUGAAGGGAACAGGGAAAUGUUGUUUGGAUGAAGAAGAAAAUCAAACUUCAUCAUCUCAUCAGAAAAAUGAUAAGAUCUGCACCCAACUAUACGCAAAAGAGGAGUUCCAGCCCUUGGAUCCAACCCAGGAUCUCAUUUUCCCCCCAGAACUCUUGAGAAUGGCAGAAGAUCCCAAUAAAGAAACUCUAACUUUCUAUGGUGAAAGGAUUACUUGGAUUUCCCCUGUAACCCUAAAGGAACUCUUGGAGCUGAAAGUGAAGUACCCUAAAAGUCCUCUUGUCGUGGGGAACACCUCAGUGGGACCAGCUAUGAAAUUCCAAGGACAUUUUCACCCAAUUCUCCUCUCCCCAGCCAGAAUUUCUGAGCUAAGUAUGGUGACUAAUACAAAUGAUGGACUGACAAUAGGGGCUGGCUGCAGCCUGGACCAGGUGAAGCAGAUCCUGACCGAUGAAGUCUCCAAGCUUCCAGAGGAAAAAACACGGACAUAUCAGGCUCUCUUGAAGCACUUGAAAAGUUUGGCUGGACAACAGAUUAGGAACAUGGCUUCCUUAGGUGGACACGUCAUGAGCCGACAUGGCUAUUCAGAUCUGAAUCCAAUUCUGGCUGCAGGAAAUGCUACUCUCAAUCUAGUCUCCAAAGAAGGAAGACGUCAGAUUCCUUUAAAUGAGCAUUUUCUUGCUGGACUGCCAAAUGCGGACCUGAAACCUGAGGAAAUUUUGGAGUCUGUGCACAUACCUCACUCUGAAAAGUGGGAAUUUGUGGUAGCAUUCAGACAGGCCCAGUGUCAGCAAAACGCCUUGCCUGAUGUUAACUGUGGAAUGAGAGUCCUUUUCAAAGAAUGCACAGACACCAUCGCAGGCCUUGGCCUCUUCUACGGAGGCAUAAGAUCCACUACCGUCAGUGCACAUAGAUCCUGCCAGCAGCUCCUAGGAAGGGACUGGAAUACAUUGAUAUUGGAUGAAGCUUUCAGGCUGAUCCUGGAUGAAAUUUCUCCCCCAGCCUCAGCUCCAGGGGGAAUGGUGGAAUUUAAAAGAACCCUCAUUGUCAGUUUCUUCUUUAAGUUCUACCUGGAAGUAUUACAAGGACUAAAGAAAAUCAUAAAGAUGACCUCUAUCCCAAAUAGCCAUCGAUAUCCUGACAUUUCAGAGAAGUUCCUAAGUGCUCUGGAAGAGUUUCCUGUCACAAUAUCCAGAGGAGUCCAAGAAUUCCAAAGAGUAGACCCUAACCAACCUCCCCAUGAUCCAGUUGGACGCCCAAUUUUGCACCAGUCUGGUAUCAAACAUGCCACUGGGGAAGCUACAUUUUGUGAUGACCUGCCUGUUGUGGAUAAAGAACUUUUCCUGGCUUUAGUAACCAGCACCAGGGCUCAUGCAAAAAUCAUAUCCAUUGAUGCAUCUGAGGCCCUUGGACUGCCAGGUGUGGUUGAUGUAAUUACAGCCGAGGACAUUCCAGGUACCAAUGGCACUGAUGAUGACAAACUGCUUGCUGUAGAUGAGGUGCUUUGUGUGGGUCAUAUCACCUGCGCUGUGGUUGCUGAGUCAGAAGUUUAUGCAAAGAGGGCAGCAGAGAAAGUGAAGAUCAUUUAUCAGGACCAGGAACCCGUGAUUUUCACCACGAAGGAUGCGAUAAGGCAUAAUUCAUACCUGUGCUCCGAAAAAAAACUAGAACAAGGAAAUGUGGAGGAGGCAUUUGAAAAUGCUGAUCAGAUUAUUGAAGGUGAGAUGCAUGUUGGAGGACAGGAACAUUUUUACAUGGAAACACAAAGAGUGCUUGUCGUACCAAAAGCUGAGGACAAAGAGAUGGAGAUAUUUGUAUCGACUCAGGAUCCUUCCCACGUACAGAAAACAGUGUCUUCUACUUUAAACAUCCCCAUCAACAGGAUCACAUGCCACGUAAAACGAGUGGGUGGAGGCUUUGGGGGAAAGGUCUCCAAACCAGCUGUGUAUGGUGCAAUUGCUGCUGUGGCUGCUAACAAAACAGGGCGUCCUAUUCGGCUUGUUUUAGAUAGAAGAGAGGAUAUGUUAACGAAAGGGGGAAGGCAUCCACUUUUUGCAAAAUACAAAGUAGGAUUCAUGAACAAUGGGAGGAUCAAGGCUAUGGACAUUGAAUGUUAUAUCAAUGGAGGGUGUACCCUGGAUGACUCUGAACUGGUGAUAGAAUAUCUUAUACUAAAACUGGAAAAUGCUUAUAAAAUUAAUAAUCUCCGAUUCUUGGGCCGGGCCUGUAAAACCAACUUGGCUUCCAACACAGCCUUUCGUGGAUUCGGUUUCCCACAGGGUGGAUUGUUAAUGGAGUCUUGCAUCACAGCCGUGGCCACCAAAUGUGGCUUACCACCAGAAAAGAUUCGUGAGAAAAAUAUGUACAAACGAGUUGACAAAACUAUCUAUAAGCAAGCAUACAGUCCUGACAAGCUGAUAAGAUGUUGGAAUGAGUGCCUGGACAAGUCUUCCUAUCACACCAGGAAAGCAAAAGUGGAAGAUUUUAAUUCAAAGAAUUAUUGGAAAAAGAAAGGUAUCGCCAUUGUCCCCAUGAAGUUCUCAGUUGGUUUUGGUGUGACAAGUUACCAUCAGGCAGCUGCACUGGUUCAUAUAUACACAGAUGGCUCUGUAUUGGUAACUCAUGGAGGAAGUGAGCUGGGGCAAGGUAUUCACACCAAAAUGUUACAGAUUGCCAGCCGUGAAUUAAAGAUACCAAUGUCAUAUAUGCACUUCUGUGAAACAAAUACAGCCACAGUGCCUAACACUAUUGCUACUGCUGCAUCCAUUGGCGCUGACGUCAACGGGAAGGCCGUGCAGAAUGCCUGUCAGAUUCUCCUGAAACGCCUUGAGCCCAUCAUUAAGAAAAAUCCUGAAGGCACAUGGGAAGACUGGGUCAAAGCAGCAUUUGAAAAAAGAAUCAGCCUUUCAGCUACAGGAUAUUUCAGAGGCUAUAAGGCCAAUAUGGACUGGGAGAAAGGGGAAGGAGACCCAUUUCCAUACUACGUUGAAGGAGCUGCCUGUUCUGAAGUUGAAAUUGACUGCCUGACAGGAGCUCAUAAGAACAUAAGAACUGACAUAGUCAUGGAUGCAAGUUGCAGCAUAAAUCCAGCCAUAGAUAUAGGACAGAUUGAAGGCUCAUUCAUUCAGGGCUUGGGACUUUAUACAAUAGAAGAACUGAAAUAUUCUCCUGAAGGAGUACUGCAUUCUCAGGGCCCUGAUGAGUACAAAAUUCCUUCAGUCACAGACAUCCCGGAGGAAUUUAAUGUUUCCUUACUAACAUCAUCAGAGAACCCAAUGGCAAUCUAUUCAUCUAAAGGCCUGGGUGAGUCAGGUAUGUUCCUGGGAUGUUCUGUGUUCUUUGCUAUAAGUGAUGCAGUAACAGCAGCUCGCAAAGAAAGGGGGUUAACGGAAGACUUCAUGCUGAACAGCCCAGCGACUCCCGAACGAAUUCGAAUGGCCUGCACAGACAGGUUCACAGAGAUGAUCCCAAUAGAUGAUGCAAAGACCUUUAAGCCUUGGUCUAUCCCUAUUGCUUAAAAUCAUCAUAUCUUAAAAGACCCAGAACUCCUCUUCAGAUCUAUUCGACCUAGCCAUGGAAAAACAUCAUCGGUUUUGGAAACACUGCUACAUUCUCAUAGUUAUGACAGACGAUUAACACUUGGAUAGGAAAUUUGUUGGAUACCACUGUACAUUUAUCCACAAACACAUGCUUUGCAGGAUACAAUUAUAUUUCUUUCUGAUCGAUUUUUGGCUUUUAUAAUGAAAUAAGGCCUUCUUUUACCUCUUAAGUAAUGUAGUCCUAUCUAGUGCUAGAAAUGGGAUUACCACCUAAGUCUAUUUGUAAAAUACUUUUGUCUUAGUGCUUUUUAUCUUUAGAUCAUAAAGACCUUUUCCUCUCCCUC